ACCCUGAGUACAAUGUCCAUAUAUUUCCUGAGUGGCGUGUAUACUUAAUUGUGCUAUUAAUAGACCACUACGUCACCAACCCGUCACCAACAGAAGUGACUCGCACGCAGGAAACAUUGAUCGCUGUUAGGAUAUAAAUAAGGGUAACCAGCUCCACCAGCUAGCUACUGCUGUUUGUUUUCAAUAGAACGCGUACACGAGCAUAUCCAUUGAUUUUAUCCCUGUGAGGUUGGUGUGCGAAUAUAACCGAGCAAUAUGUCACUCGUGGAGCUUCUAGGAGAGAAAAUUUGCCAAAAACAAGAAAAUGGAGAGCUGGUGCCUGUAGAUACCUCAACCCUCGUGGGUUCAGGGAGAUACGUGGGCAUCUAUUUCUCAGCGCAUUGGUGCCCUCCUUGCCGCAUGUUCACCCCAGUGCUGGCCAAAUUCUACAAGGAAUUCAAGGAGAAGAAUGAGGGCAAGUUGGAGAUCGUCUUCGUCAGCUCCGAUCAGACUGCGGAUCAGUUCAAAGAUUACUACGUCAAAGAGAUGCCUUGGAAAUGUGUCCCGUAUGAGGAUCGAGAGAGGAAGGAAAAACUUGGUGAGAAGUACAGUGUGAGGGGUAUCCCAACGUUUAUCAUCCUCGACAGCGAGACAUGCGAAGUGGUUUGCAAGCAAGGCAGGAAUAAAGUGAUGGAUGAUUCGGAGGGAGACGAGUUCCCAUGGCGAGAGUAGGCUCAGCAUUAUCUUGAUGGAUGCGCGCUCUCCCCCUCUCAACCACCAUCUUUCCAAGUACAUAGGAGCGACAUUCCGAUGUCGUUGCUGUUGAUUCUACUUUUGCGAGUUUGAACACCUCUUGAAACCAUAGAUACAUAUUCUCUGCCAUCUUCACUGUUUGUAUCGAAAGGCAUACUUUCCUGACAACAAUUACCAUGGUCGUAGCGUAUAUUGUCUAUUUUGUAUCUUUUUAAAAAAGUUUGAUUAUAAUAAUGUAAACGCAUACAUUAUUACUAAGGGCGAUGGAGGGGGAUGGGACCAUAUCCCUCCAAGUAACUGCUGCUCGUCAAAAUUUCUUCAUUUUAAAAAAUUUCUUGAUGACAGUCACCGUACUUUUUGUAUCAUAUUCGUAGGCUUAUGUAUAAAGAAAGUUUUAUCUAAAAUAUCUGUAAAAGUACGUUGUUGGUUAAAAUAUAGUAAUAUGCUGUGUAAAUUUUACGCAAUGCUGUGUGGAUAUUUCAAAUGAUGAAAGGAAAUGGGCUUUUAACCUCAUUAUGCCUAACUGGUUCUUUGGACUGAAUACGAAGGCGGAGGGGUGUCAACAUGUGGGCAAUCUGAUAAGCUGGUAAUUGUUUCCCUCUGUUUUCACUCUUGUUUUUAAAAACGAGUCAUUGUUAAUAUUUCCAAACAUAAACCAGACCAUAAUGGAGAAUAAUGCAUCCCUAAUCGAUCUUGAUAUUAAUUCUUUCUUAAUUAUUAAAUUAUUAUGAUGCACAGAAGUUAAUUACUAUUAUUUUUCAAAUAUUUUUUAUGUCUCUUUGAUAAUGGUAUUUCAGUUUAUGUUUGAAAACACAAGGGCAAGUAUAGUAACCGCGUUACCAUUAUAGGCCUAUAUGACAUCAUCAUCACCGAAGCAAUUCAUUUUCCAAAUGAUUUGUUUUCAUCUUCCUAAUCAUCAGAAUCAGGCAGCAUUUUAUAUCAUCGUGCUUAUCCGUAUCUCUUUUUAUGCGGGUUGAAAACAAAUAUCUCAGGUUUGAAGUACGUGGAGCGUAAUCGAACAUAAUAAGGUAGAUUACGACGUAUCGAUGAAUAUAUCGAAUAUCGUCUACGUGUGAACAAUAAUUCCAGGACACACUCAUUUUUUUAUACACCGACCUUAUAUGUUUCUAUUUACAUUGUGUGCUGUUCUUUUGUGUUAGAGAUAUGAUCUCGAUGACGAAAGUCUGAGAGAAAAAUGUUCAACUUCUCAUCUUAAAAUGGUGCAGUCAAAUGCCGCACUGGGAGCACUGUUAAAGUGUGCAACUUUGCACGUUCAAAACCAUAAAGACGUUAAAGGUGACGUUAUAUAAGUCAGCCCAAUCCAUUCGAAAUUCCUACGCAGACGCUUUCUACAACGCACCGAUUCCUUUUAAAAUGUAAGUCAAAUCACAAUGGACAGCUGAGAGGUUUUUGUCGAAAGUUGGGGGACCAGGAUAUAGCAGACAGUCCGGAGAUUCGAACCGGACGAAAAAUUGCAAGUAUAUGACUUUUGAUUCACCGAUUUUCGACAAAUACUGUGUUGUCUUGAAGGGCUUUUGAGAAAAGACUCUGCGUUAUAGAAAGUGUCUAUAUGUAGUGAUUGCGUAAUGUCAUAGGAGGCAAGGUCAUUGUCGACUUGUCAAUUUCACUAAUUUGUCAUAGAACCACUUUCUUUCGUCUAUUUUAAUUUGAUGGUAAUGGUAUAAAGGAAAGUAAGCACUCUACAGGUUUGUGUGAAUAUUUUAGUUAGUUGAAUAUCGAGAUAAUCAUAAGAGUAUUUUGUAUUUUAUAUUCUAUGUAGUGCAAUCCUUUGAUGUGUUCUCAUGCAUUUCGGGAAAAUUUAUCAUGAAUUUUAUUACACACUCUUUUAGCUUUAUAUUUUUGAAAACAAUUUAUUGGAGUGAAACUGGUAAAUUACGAAGAAAAUAUUUUGUGUCUUUUUGUUUUUUAAAAAAAAAUAAAAUUCUUUUCUAACCGGA